AUGCCGCUCUUUGCGAGCUUCCUACGGGCGGCUCGCUCUGCGAGGUCCUUGGCGGAGGAGGGUCCGGGAUCCCCUUCCCUUUUGUUCAAUCAAGUCGCCGUCCUCUUCACAGGCACUCUCGCAACCGCCCAAGCUCCACUGCAAACAGUCGGCACAGCAGCGCCCAACCCAACCACUGUUUGCAGCGGAGUCUCGGAGCCAAAGGGGCGGGGAUGGGCGGGGCUUCGUCUGCGCUAUUGUCAUGGAGACGACAAGCCAGAGGCAGCGUUGGCUGGUCCUGCAGGCGGAGAAGGCUGCAAGCCCGCGGAGACAGGAGCGAGGCGGAGUGCCCUGGACGGCUGGAACGUGGAGAAACCAUGGCGGCCGCUCCAGCUCACCCUCCUGGGCUCGUUGCUGGCCCAGGUCGUGGUGGGGAGCGCCCCGGAGCGUCCCCGCCCUGCUCCCUUGGCUCCCGCCUCCUGCGGCCGUGCAGCGCCUCCUCGCCCGCCCCCGGCUCCGCCCGCCGUCGCUACAGCUCCUCGCGCUAACGGUCGGUGGCAGCCCGCGUGCGCCGCCCUCCGGGGGCUCGCGCCUGCCACGAGGGAGCGUCCGCGGCCCGUGCGCCCAGCCGCAGAGGAGAGCACACAGUUCAUAACAGAGCUACUGUGCUGGUUAUUGGAAGGAGGAGAUUCAGAAAAUAGUGAGGAUCCUGUUGUGCAGCCCGGGCUGGCCUGGAACUUCACAGUCCUCCUGCCUCAGCAUCCUGAGUGUUUGCAUUGCAGGGCUUCAGAACAGUGCAGAGAUUAUAGUGUCCCUUGUGUCAUAGUCAAGAGGCCAUCGGUGCAGAGGUAUAGAGUGACUCUCUCAAGGUCACCCCACUGUUGGCUCUCACAGGUUUGGGCCCAGACCCUCUGCUUCCAAUGCCAAGUGAUUAAUUUCACUCUCAGUCUUACUCCGAUCGGUAAUGCUUCUGCUGAGACUCCUCAUUCAGUAAAACCUGUUCAGGGGAUCAUCUCUGUUAGACAGACAGCUGCCAAAAAGACCUUCACUUCUGUGAGCAUGGGUUUUAGAUUAUGGCCAGUCAAGACUCAGAGCUGGAAGAACACCUGUCAGAACCGUUUUUCUACAAGAAGAUGGUCUCUUUAAUCACAUUUCAUUCUCCUUCAGAGAAAGGUUCAUUUUAAAAUGUGGCAUUUCUGUUAUGAUUCAUUGUUUUCAGCUGAAACACCAAUUUGGAGCUGAUUUAUGACAUCGUUCUAUGGUGAAACGAGAAACUGCAACAAAGUGUUUAAGAAGGAAGGACUUUCCCAGACAUUUGGUUUGUGGCUUUCUCUUUUAGAAAAAAAUCUAAAGUUUAUUUUGAACUUUUCUUUGUGAAUAUAAUUAAUGAUGGGAAUUCUUCAAGCAAACUUUCAAAAUAUUUAAACUAAAUUGUGAAAACAUGUCAUGGAAUCUGGGGAACUUUCCUGUGUUGAAAUUUGUUACAUUUAUCUUGAACAAUACAAAGUAUUAUUGAUACUGACUGGUGUUUAGAGAAACUAUACUUGACUUUGAACUUAUCUCUAAUUGGCACUGCUAAGUACUUAAAACACAGGUACUUUCUCACAUCUGCAGACUGUAUUGAGUAUAACUAUUAGAAGACAAACUUCAUUUUGCAAACUGUAAUUUAAUGGUAUAACUGUGCAGAGCAGAAUAUCAGUUAAUUUUCAAAACAUUUUAUUCUACACCAAUUAGCUCAGGUCCUGGAGGGCAAAAUGACAAGAGGUUACUCGUUCACUAUGUAUUUAAUUAAUUGAAAAAUGCUCAAAUUGCUUUUACAGUUGUUAUUAAAAAGUAGAAUCAGUGUUGCCAGUGCUCAACCAUAAUUGGAACCCCAGGGAAUUAAAUAUUUAGCAUUAGUAAUGUAACAGCACUUAGGACACAAAUUUCUAUUUUCGUAAUGAAAGCUAUACACUGUGAGUGCAGGCGGCUGAAACGACAGCUGUGACAAGUGAAACGGCCUGGGAUAUUUCAAUAAGACACCUCAUUGGACAGCAAGUCUUACCACAUUACCCGUUUGUAAGAGAUCUGCAAGUUUAAUUCCCAACAGAAACCCGUUACCCAAGUAUUUAGAUUUCUAAUUGCAUGUGGGAUGAACAGUUGGGCAAAUGUCUUGCCAUAAGUGGCUGAAACGUAUAGUGCUUUCUAAAUAAUCCUAUAUAAGUUCAUGCCUUUGUCAAUUUAAAAAGAGCAGGACUGUCAGGGAAUAAAGAUCUUGUUUGUUUUAAGUUUAAUUACAUUUUAAGCAUACAAGCUUUCAGUGCUACAAUGAGAAAAGUUGGAUAUUGGACUCUAAUGAGCUGCAGUGGUAGACGGCUAGAGACCCUAAGGGAUUCACUCCUUAAAUUAACUGGAUAAAAGUACUUGCUUAGGAUAUAGUUGAUGGCUGAGCUGUUCUUAAAACCCAGUUAUAGAGCUGUCUCUCACUCCUGUUUUCAUUCUAAACAGGCCCUGUAGAGAUUUUAACAGCCGCCUGUUACAACUGUUCAACUUGUCAAAAUGUAUUAUAUUACUCCACUAAUAAAUAGUAUUAAAGGGUAUUUGCCUUCAUUUCUUCUUUUCAGAGGGGAUCAGGUUGAUAAACACAACUGGCUUAGGUUGGCCUUAUUUUUAAUUUGUUUAUGUCAUCUAAAGUGAUAUUGAAGGCCCAUGGUUUGAGUUUGAAAACAUUACCUUCCUGGAGACAUAAAACUUAGCAAAAUGUUAUGUACAAUGGAAACAGUGAAUGGAGACUGUUUACUAUAGAAUGUUUGUCCUUGAAGAUAUAUGGCUUUCACAUUCUUAGGCUACAUCUGAAGUAUUUG